CAGUGCCAUGGUCUGUCCAUUGAUGGGUAUGUCCUUCCUUCGUCAACCACCAGAGAGAUGACCCCGUGCGAAAUCAAGUUUGCUGUGCACGUGGAGUCGGUGCUGAACCACGUACCCCAGCCCGAGUACAGGCAGCUCCUGGUGGAAGCUAUUCUGGUCCUCACGUUCCUCUCCGACGUCGAGGUGAACAGCAUCGGGGGCAUCAUCCACGUGGACCGAAUCGUGCACGUGGCCAAUGACCUCUUUCUGCAGGAGCUGAAAUCAUUUGGAGCUACUGGUAGUAUCUUGGAGAAAGACAUAGCCACCGGAAUUUGCCACUUCUUUUAUGACAGUGCUCCAAGUGGGGCCUACGGCACCAUGACGUACCUGACAAAAGCCAUAAUUAUUUAUUUACAUGAUUUCCUGCCUAGCACCGGCUGUGCGAUGCAGUAAGCGAUGCCUCAUGCGGGAGGGAAGGCUCAGAAGCCCUUUCUCCCCAUUGCCCUGUUGUGAACCUCUCGUUUAGUUGC